AUGAAUCCUCGUACUGCUGACAUUCAGCAAUCGAUAUGGAAAGACAUUUCGGAAGACACGUUUCGCAACCAUUUGGUGCUGCUUGAAGAACGAACGAAUGCAGUCCCAGUAGAUUCUCAACUAUUUCCAGUCACUUUCCCUGCAGCCACACAGUCCGCCAAACACUAUAACUUGUCAAUCAACGAUGAACAGAGACUUGCAGAUGCCUUUGCUUUCUUGGCUGCUGUUCAGGAGGGCGCCCAAAGCGUUGCAGCAGUUUGUCUAGAAGAACACAUUCUUGAGCAUAUGCUCACUAUCCGAUUUGCUGCCGUAGACACCAUCAGCCCGGAUCUACAACAAGAUCUGCACACGGUCAGCGAUCUCCUGAUUACAACAGUCUGCCCUGAAGACAGAGACCUCUGGUUCAAAAAGCUGUUUCACUUUGUGGCAAGGCUUCAUUUCAGGCGUAUCUUGGGACGUCUUCGCUCCUCGAAAUGGGAGAAGCCCAAGUAUCUCUCUCGGACUCACAAAAAGUCCCUCUGGCAGGAUUUCCCCAACCUCAUUCACAGGGUCCAAUUUGUUUACUCGAAGCGCGAAAAUGUACUAAGAAAUGAAGUCCAAAGUAAUCUUCAUACUCUGGCCGAGACUUAUUCCAGGUUCGAAAGCGUGCCCGCAGAGUCGGUGGAAGAGUUCAACCUCCUUGUUCAUUUGAUUCAUAUCAGCUACGUUUUCUGCACGUCCAAAGCCGUUCAAGACUACGCUCGACGCAUUUCCAAUGCUGGGCAAACAAACCAAGUUCGUGCUGCAGUUAAGACUCUUCGACAGAUCGAGAAGAUUGCUGCCUAUUAUCGUGUGACGGAUACACUCGUACGGGCCUCGGAGCGCUACCCUCAGUAUUUUCGGCCAAAAGGGCUGCGCAUGGAGUAUUUGGCUCCCUACGGAAGUAUUCCCACAAGCAUUGGCUAUGAAGCGUGGGCGAAAACGUGCCACAUCCACGCCGAAGUACAGCUCGUCGUCUACUACGACCUGCACUCGUGUGAAUCCUCCAUGUCAGGUUAUCCAAAUGAUAGACUCGCGCCUCGAGUUCUAGGCACAAGCAAAUACCUAUGCUACUUGUGCUAUCUUUUCAUCAAGUUCCACGGUCAGUUUCCAGCUGCUAGCACACAUGGCAGGCUGUACGAUCAGUGGACGAUACCCGAUCUUGCAGAAUAUGAUCAAGAACAGCGUCAGAGGUACCGGCAGGUUAUUACGAGCAUGGACGAAGAGAUUAUGACGCACGCAUCGAAGCCGCCUUGCUGGAGGCCAGAGCCCAUGACGAGCAGAGAGAAUUUGCUCGAUGGUCCACUGGAUGAAUCGUCAAUCGUACCCUCGAGCAACGUUUCCUGA